GGACGUUACGUGCUUCCUGUCCUCUCCGUGGAUCUCCUCCUGGUGGAUUUUCCCCAGCUUGCUGCAGGCGGACCCUUCAAACUCAAACGCCAUUUUAAAGACGGACGAGAAAGAAAAGGGAGUAAAAGAAGGAAUAAAACUGAAAAAAAGAACAGAGGACAACAGCAGAGACUGUUUCCACAGGACGAACGUUCAACUAAGGAACUAAAUUUAACAGAGGUUGGCUAGUUUGGGAUAGAACCCACAUGUGGUGUAAACUGGUCUGAUGUGUUCCAGUCUCCUGAGAUAGGGGGCGCUGUAUCUAAAAUGAGUCACUCAGGAGAGCCAGACACCAAAGGAGGAACCCUCCGCACUAACAGAAAGAGGGUCCAGGUAGAAAGAGCAGGGUCACCUGUACCCAACUGUAAGUCUAUGAAGAUUGAUCAUUCAAUGGGGAAGCCAGUCAACUUCAGAGAAGAGUAUCCGGGUGAUUCAAGGGCCCAGGUAGAAAGAGCAGGGUCACCUGUACCCAGCUGUGUGUCUAUGAAGAGUGAUCAUUCAAUGGGGAAGCCAGUCAACUUCAGAGAAGAGUAUCCAGGUGAUUCAAGGGCCCAGGUAGAAAGAGCAGGGUCACCUGUACCCAGCUGUGUGUCUAUGAAGAGUGAUCAUUCAAUGGGGAAGCCAGUCAACUUCAGAGAAGAGUAUCCAGGUGAUUCAAGGGCCCAGGUAGAAAGAGCAGGGUCACCUGUACCCAGCUGUGUGUCUAUGAAGAGUGAUCAUUCAAUGGGGAAGCCAGUCAACUUCAGAGAAGAGUAUCCAGGUGAUUCAAGGGCCCAGGUAGAAAGAGCAGGGUCACCUGUACCCAGCUGUGUGUCUAUGAAGAGUGAUCAUUCAAUGGGGAAGCCAGUCAACUUCAGAGAAGAGUAUCCAGGUGAUUCAAGGGUCCAGCAGUCACUGGAGUACGUGAAGCAGAAGGAUCUUGCUGAUUCACUGGAACGAGAUGAGCACAAUGAGUCCAUAAAAAGAGCCCAGCAGGCACUGAAAACUCAUCUGAAGAAGAAGUUUGAAUGCAUAUUUGAAGGUUUAACAAAGCAAGGCCACCCAACCCUCUUCAAUGAGAUCUAUACUGAGCUCUACAUCACAGAGGGGGGAAGUGGGGAGGUCAAUAAUGAACACGAAGUCAGACAGAUUGAGACAGCAUCCAAGAGACGAACCACACAGGAGACUGCAAUCCUCUGCAAUGACAUCUUUAUGCCUUUACCUGGACAACAUGACAUCUUUAUGCCUUUACCUGGACAAAGGAAACCUCCGAUCAGAACUGUGCUUACAAAGGGCAUUGCUGGCAUUGGGAAAACUGUUUCUGUGCAGAAGUUCAUUCUGGACUGGGCAGAAGGAAAAGCCAAUCAGGACGUUGAUUUUAUCUUCACUCUUCCUUUCCGAGAUCUGAAUCUGCUGGAGAAAAGAGAAUUCAGUCUGAUGCAGCUUCUGCAGCACUACUUUCCACAGCUGAAAGAGAUCAGAAGUGUUGAAGGUGAUGAAGUCAAAGUUGUAUUUAUCUUUGAUGGACUGGAUGAGUGUCGACUUCCUCUAAAUUUCCAAAGUAAUAAGUACUGCUCCAAUAUAACAGAGUCAUCAUCAGUGCAUGUGCUGCUGACCAACCUCAUUAAGGGGAAUCUGCUUCCCUCUGCUCUCCUCUGGAUCACCUCCCGACCAGCAGCAGCCAAUCAGAUCCCUCCUGAGUGCGUCCACCGGGUGACAGAGGUACGAGGAUUCAAUGACCCGCAGAAAGAGGAGUACUUCAGGAAGAAAGUCAGGGAUGAGAACCAGGCCUGCAGAAUUAUCUCACACAUUAAGUCAUCCAGGAGCCUCUACAUCAUGUGCCACAUACCAGUCUUCUGCUGGAUUUCUGCUACUGUUCUGGAGACAAUGUUGGGUAAAACAGAGAGUGGAGAUCUACCCAGAACUCUGACUGAAAUGUACACACACUUUCUGCUUAUUCAGACUAAGGUGAAGAAUCAGAAAUAUCAUGGCACUGAUGAGACAGACACAAAGAUGUUAGCAUCAGAUACAGAAAUCAUCCUGAAACUGGGGCAGCUGGCUUUUCUACAGAUGGAAAAGGGCAAUCUGAUAUUCUAUGAAGAGGACCUGAAAGAGAGUGGCAUUGAUGUCAGUGAAGCUUCGGUGUACUCUGGGGUGUGCACAGAGAUCUUUAAAGAGGAGUGUGGGUUGGGUCAGGAGAAGUUCUACUGCUUUGUGCAUCUGAGCAUUCAGGAGUAUCUGGCUGCCCUGUAUGUAUUUCAAUCAUGUGUAAAUGAGAACAGAAAUGUACUCAGAGCAGAAGAAUCAAAACCUCACAGUGACAGACUGGAGCUGUCUGAGUUACAUGGGAGUGCAGUGGAUCAGGCCGUGAAGAGUAAGAAUGGACACCUGGACCUUUUCCUCCGAUUCCUUCUCGGCCUCUCUCUGGACUCCAUUCAGACUCUCUUAGAAGGACUACUGACAGAGACAGAAAGCAGAUCAGAGGAAAUUAAGAAAACAGUCCAGUACAUUAAGGACAGGAUCAGAGAGGAAUCUUCAGCAGACAGGAUCAUCAAUCUGUUCCACUGUCUCAAUGAACUGAAUGACAACUCUCUAGUGCAGGAAAUCCAGAAUUCCCUGCAAUCAGGAAAACUUUCUGAUAAAGAGCUGGAACCAGACCAAUGUUCAGCUCUGGCCUAUGUGUUACUGACAUCAGAGGAGGUCCUGGAUGAGUUUGACUUGAAGACAUACAACACAUCAGCAGAAGGUCAUCAGAGACUGGUACCAGUAGUCAGGAACUGCAGGAAGGCCAUACUGAACAGCUGUGGCCUCACAGAGAAGUCCUGUGAUAUUGUGGCCUCAGCUCUCCAGUCAUCAGACUCACCCCUGAGAGAUCUGGACCUCAGCUCCAAUAACCUGCGAGAUUCAGGAGUGAAGCUACUCUGUGCUGGAUUGAGGAGUCCAAACUGUAAACUGCAGAGACUGGACCUCAGCUACAAUAACCUGGGAGAUUCAGGAGUGGAGCUGCUCUGUGUUGAACUGAUGAGUCCAAACUGUAAACUACAGAGACUGGGCAUUCUUUCUUUGCCCAUAUAUACCUUACUCCUCUAUCACAACAAGCAAAUAAAAGCAGGAUAAAACCUUUUGAGGGUUGCCAGGUUUGUGGUUCCUGAGCAGAAUGUAAGGUUUCAGUGGAGUCUGUAGUAUCAGGUCACAGGUGAUGACUGGAUGCUGAGUGUCUGAUUGACAUGGUAAAAGAUUGACCACCUGCAUAGUAAAAUGUUUCAGGUCUGUCACACAUUGCAGACUUCAUACAUCUCCAUUAUUCACUACCUGCUGUGAACUCUAAUGAAAUCCAUAUAUUUACCCCACUCUCUUUCACACACUGACCUUUUGAUGAAGGUGAGUUUUACUCCUUCAUCACACACCUGUGUGUGCUGCAGGAUUGUUGUGUUUCUGAAAGGAUUGUGAAUAAAAUGGUAUUUUGUUCUGCUGGUAAAGCCAAGCAUUAACUAUUGGCCGGCAGGGUAUGUGUGUACAUCUUGGUGGGAGAGUGUCCAUCUGAACAACAUGUGAGCUGCUGUUUAGAUGCAGUGUUACAUCAUUUAGUUCAGUCAGUCUUCUGCUGUUCCAGUCCCAAGUCAUAGGCUGGAUAUUAUACCGUUGUAAGCAGGCAUGCUGUGUGGAAUAGCCUGAUUCAGAGGUCAGUGUUCUGGCUCUAGCUCCUAUCAUCUAAAGGAUAACAUCAUUUACAGGAGUAUUUCUUAGAUAAGUAUUCUAAUAACUCUCA